CCCACGCAUAGCUGUUUAUUCGCGAUCCCGUUGAAAAGACGCGCUCCGCAACGUCGUCGACGAAAGAACGAAAAUUAAACCGUCAAGAACGUGAAAUUAUGGACAACAAUGUACAAAUGUUUUCAGUAUAAAAUCCAAACACCGCGCAAACUUUCCACAUACAAUCGUCCGUCAUCUGUCGCUGUCCGUCUUCUUCAGGGCUAUUUUAAAAUGAACGCUUUAAUAAUAGCUGUUGCUGUGUUAUCCGCAACAGUGACUCUCUCAGCCGCCGAGGCCACGCCGAACUCGUGCGUCUUGUACAAAAACCCGUCGACAUGUCGCUCGGCAGAACCAUCGUGUGCAACACUCGAUCGUUCGGACGAAGGCUGCACCUGCAGUGGAUCGUGGCAGCCGCAUUGCUGCUGUCCGCGUCCGAAUCCUUACAGCCUCCCCCCUUGCAGACAACAACCCACUUGCCGUCCAUCGUCUUGCAGCGGCCCCCCGUCAGCAACGGGACCUGCCCCGUACCAGACUGUCUCGUACUCGCCUUGGCCGACCGCGUUCACGUCGUCCUGCCCAGACCUCCCGUGCUCGGCUCCGAGCCCCAGCCCGUGCCCCUGCCCUGCGGCUGCAGCAGUUCCGGCGCCCGCACCCGCACGACUUUGCACGUGUUCGUCGUUUCCCGAUCAACCGCCUUGUCCCUACUGUGCACGUCUGCAGCAGUCGCCUUGUGCGUCCGGCGGGCCUGCGCCGUCGUCGUCGGUUAACGGUCUGUCGCCGUCCGACUUGGCCGAGUUCAUGUCGCCCUCGGCCCCGUGCAUCGCGCCUCCGCAACGGCCGCUGCUGCCGAAAUUGAUACCCGUCAUGCUAAAACCGCUGUCGUUCAACGUGCACCGACCUUCGGCUGCGUGCCGCCUCGGAUUGCAAGGAUAUGCCGGCUCGGCGCUGUCACUAUUAUCGCCAUGCGGCUGCGGUUCUGCACCGUCACCGUACGAAUUUUAUAAUAAUAAAUAA